AUUUCUCCUACUCACAUUUCAAUCGCUUUUCUUCUGUCGCCCACCUCGAUCAUCCUCAAACACCACUCUUUCUGCCCUAUUUAUAUCAAGGGCCGCGAGCCGCUAGAAUAGCGCUGCACUCGUGCGACCUCAGGCUUAAAAAAGGCCUUCCGUUCUUUCAACACUUGACAGCUACAACCUCCCUUCUCCUCACUACAAUACCACAACAACGACCCUUCACCUACUCGAGCUUUCCGCACACCUCUAGAAAUGCCCCUUGAUACGUCGACCUAUGCGCUAGCGCUUCUCCGCCUCGAUGGCCGUCGUUGGAAUGAGCUGCGCCGCAUUCGCGCGCAAACAUCCACACAGGCUGCUGCCGACGGAUCCAGCUAUCUGGAGAUGGGAAAUACCCAAGUGAUAUGCACUGUGAUAGGUCCUGCCGAGGGACGAAAUACAGGCGCGGGGAGAAGUGGUGGUAGAGAAGGCGAGGCGAACCUGGAGGUUGAGAUUGGGUUUGCGGGCUUCAGCGGCGUUGACAGGAAACGGAGGGGCAAAGGAGACAAACGUACAGCAGAAAUGGCUCAUACCCUCUCUACGGCCUUCUCCUCGCUCAUACUCAUGCACCUUUACCCCCACAGCACCAUCUCCAUCCAUAUUAACAUCCUCUCACAAGACGGCUCCAUCCUCGCUGCUUGCAUCAACGCUGCGACCCUCGCACUUGUCGAUGCGGGCGUCCCCAUGACAGACUAUCUCGUUGCCUGCACGGCCGCUUCAUCGCCCACUACUUCUGCAUCUGCUGGCGGUGAUGAGGUCUCAGACCCGCUGCUUGACUUGAAUGCAAUGGAGGAGCAGGAGCUACCCUUCCUGACGCUGGCCACUGUAGGAGGUGGUGAGAAGAUUACUGUCCUAGUGAUGGAGACACGGGUGAGGGUGGAGCGGAUUGAAGGAAUGCUUGCAGUAGGGAUCGAAGGGUGCAAGCGGGUGAAGAAUAUCCUGGAUGGCGUUGUCCGGGGCGUUGGACGCUGACAGCUUCGAGCCUGUGAGGCGCUUUCCCUACCACGAUCAAACAUUGCUGGUGCCAUCUGAGGUGUCUCGAUAUCACUUCCGGGAUCUGAGCGACGUGUAAGUGAAUCGUUUUGACACGCCUGGCACCUGCUGACGCACCUUAGACGGCGCCAGGCAAUGUCAGUGCGUCUUCUUGACUGCAUUUGUGUACACUUUCCUGGUGUCGUCUGGGGUGCCUCGAUACCGUUUCUGGAAUCUGCGCGCGAUGUGUGCACAGACCUCUGCCUC